AUGAAAAUCACUUCCUCCAUCCUUAUCGCUGCAGCGCUGGCUUUCGCAUCCACCUCCGACGCCCUUCCCAGGCCUUAUUCCUCCUCCCUUUCCUCCCUCAUCAACGCCAACACGGCCUUGCCCACUGUUAUCCCCACUGGCGACCCUUACCCUACUGGUGGCCCUAACCCCACUGACGGCGGCCCUUACCCCACUGUUAUUCCAACUGACGGCCCUUACCCCACUGUUAUCCCUACUGGCAGCCCUUACCCUAUUGGCAGCCCUUACCCUACUGGCAGCCCUUACCCUACUGGCAGCCCUUACCCUACUGGCAGCCCUUACCCUACUGGUGGCCCUUACCCUACUGGCAGCCCUUACCCUACUGGUGGCCCUUACCCAAGCGGCGGCCUGACCGAUUGCUGGCCUGAUUGGAACAACACCACUCCUAUCCCUACCCCCACCGGCUCGAGCACUUGGACCGACACUCCCGUCCCUCGCCCCACCUGGUCUGGUAGCUCGGGUUACAACAGCACCUGGACUGACACUCCCGUCCCUCGCCCCACCUGGUCUGGUAGCUCGGGUUACAACAGCACCUGGACUGGCACUCCCUGUCCUCGUGCCACCCGGUCUGCUAGCUCGGGUUACAACAACACCUGGACUGCAACCCCUCAGCCUACUUGGUCCAGCGGCGCUGUCACCGCCCCCACCCCUACCCAGACCAGAACUUGGCCCUGGUAA